AUAUGCCAGUGUAAUUUAAUCUUACAACAUGUACCAGUGUACAUGUAAUUUUCUCAUAUGUACUAGCAUAUAGACAGUAAUAUUGUUCAUAUAUAGUCGAUGUCAAUUGGCUUGUAGACUUACUCUGUUACAUCAGUUGUGGAUAAAUAGUUUUCUUAAGGUGUAAAAGAUGAUAUCAGUGGUGAGUUAUUCUCAAUGAUUUGGAUUGCAAUAAGAGCCUAUGAAAUAGCUUGCUAUCUAUUGAUAAUAAAGUACAGUCUAGCUGACCAUGUACUACUCUUGUGGUUCAAAGGUCAAAAGUACACUCCGUGUCCAGUCGAGGAACAGGAGAGGCCUGGAGAUGUACAGUGGACUGACAGAGAACACAGUACUAAGUCCUGUCAAACUAAGACGCGAUGUCUUCCAGGAAGACAGGCCUACUUCUGAACAGCAAACUAGCAAUCUCCUAGCAGACGUGGAGAAAACGUCUGUACAAACUGCGUCACACAUUGAAAACCACGUGACGUUAGAAGCGUCGUCUGACCUACAGACGGAGAGAACAUCUCGGCCUCACACUGGACCACUGAUAGCAUGUCAAUUAUUGGACGAACCUGAAAUUUCCCAACGACGCAGUGUCAAACUGACCUCCUAUUCCAUCUUUCAGCCAAAGAUAAAUCUAAACCCUCGUCCUUACACUGCCGGACCAAGGAUUAUUGUCCAGCCAAAACCCAAAUGUCCAACGGGAUUAACUUCUCAUGAUGUUAUACAAGGCAGACAUCUUUCCAAAAUGCCAUCAAGCAGAAAUGAACAGCCUUUACAUCACAACGAUGAGAUCAACUUCCAAGUAUUACUUAAAGACGUCAAGACUUCCAAAGUGAACAUAAACGUCGAGUCUGGUCAAAUCAAAUCAAGACAAACUUCUACAAGUGCUCAUUCCUACAGACGACAGCACAAAGAGACACGUGAAGACAGUUAUGGCAGGCCACAUACCACACCCAGUACAAAACGUUCUGUUACAUUCGAACUCAAUAUCAAAUCCAUCCUUUCAAUUCGUCCAGCUGAUGUCCGAGCAGAAGACAAAGCUCAGGAAAACUCCACUUUGAUACAAAACAAGCGUUCAAGUGCGCGGAUCAAAAAGCAACGUUCAGACUCUGAUAUUCUAGAAUUAAAACGACGUGUGCAAUCAGCUCCAGCGAAGACGUCUUCAGAAUUCACAAACAACAUUGUCACGCGGGACAAGGACCUCGUCAAAGACAACGUGAGAACUGCUAAACCUUUCAUUGAGGAGAAGAGGCAGUUCUCCAACAUGUACUGGAGGGCGCGAUCGUCCUACCACAAAAAGAUGACGGACACACAAAUCGUCAACGAUUCUGACCAAAACUACGUGCCUCCGAAGGGCACCUUACUUCGCCCGUUGCUUUACAACGAGGACGGAGCGAUCAUGAGACAUAGCGCUGGCUGUCCUUACAAGUGUAAGGAAUGUUUUAAGGCGUGCCUGGUCUCGGAAGACUUCAUGGAGACCCAGUCCAGGCUGAAGACUGUCCAGAAAGUCCAUGUAAAGCGCCAAAAUCAUCCUGACCCGCUGGCUAUUGUUAGGAGAGCUCUGGCCAGGAGCCAGCCUCUAUUUAAACAAGUCUAUGGUGACACUAUGGACAUUCAUCCCUGGCCGACGUACGCUUGGGUGGAUAUUCAACAAACGUUACCUAAAGUAUCAUGAGUUGCAUAAGUAAAUGAAUUUGACCCUUUCUUUUACUGUGAGGAAUGGUAUAAUGCUAGACACAACAGACAGCAAGAGAGAAUAUAUUUUUGUUUGUAUCAAUAUUGAAAUGUCUAGGUAAACUGUGUUCAUUCUACUAAAAGAUAUGUCUGGCCAAAAAAAAAUUACUUUUAUAAUCUUGUAAAUGUAUUUAGAUUAUGACCAUACGUGCAAAGAAAAAUUUUUGUAAAGAAAAAAUUGUGUGUUCGCUCUCUUUGUAAUGUCAUAGUGGUCCAUAUGAUAUUUUGAAUAUUUUACACACACAUGAUUUUCUUUUAUAAUCUUACCACCCACCCCCUUGUUAUCUUACUCUCUCUCUCUCUAUCUUUCCUUUUCUCUAUCUCUUUGUCGCUCUCACACACUCACAGACUCCUUCUCUUCUAAGUAAGGUAUAUAUCAGGAGACAGAUGAUCAAACUCAUUUUGAU